AUUAAAAAAUUUUACUCAUUCCAAAACUCAAAGUCAGCAGCCGUGUAUAGACUUAAACUUCUUUUGUUCUUUUUCUCUUUCUCGCAUACCAUCCCAACUCAUUUUCGUAGCUAUUUCCUAGUAAUGGCUGCUCAUCUAAUUUCCUUACUUUUAUCUACUUCUUUACUCCAUUAUUUUCUCUUCUAACCGGUCAAGGAUUCGUGAGAAUUAAUCGUUGAACUACCGUCUAGUAAAUUAGAAACUAUGAGGUGUCUUCCUUUCUUUGACGAAUCUAGGAAAGGAGAGUCAAAGACAAUUAAGGUGGUAUCUAAUUUGUCGUCAAGUUCCGCCCUUGGCGAUGAUGAAGUAAAUAGAUCAUGCUCCGAUCUGAAUUCACAAUGUGUCUCUGAUACAAGCACAGAUUCCAUCAGGAAAAACUCGUUUCUUAGUAUGUCCCAAAGAUCCACCUCUAAUUUGAGAGUGUUCGCAUUUCAAGAAUUAAAAACUGCCACCAAAGGUUUCAGUCGGUCAGUUAGGAUUGGAGAGGGGGGAUUUGGAUGUGUAUAUAAGGGGAUGAUAAAGAGUUUAGAGGACCCAUCAGUGAAGGUGGAUGUUGCAGUAAAACAGCUAGGGAAAAGGGGCCUGCAGGGCCAUAAAGAAUGGGUUACAGAAGUCAGUGUUUUAGGUGUGGUAGAGCAUCCCAACCUAGUAAAAUUAUCGGGCUAUUGUGCAGACGAUGAUGAGAGAGGUAUGCAGCGUCUUUUGAUUUAUGAAUACAUGCCCAAUGGAAGUGUGGAGGAUCAUUUAUCUUCUAGGUCUCGCACAAUUCUUCCUUGGGCUAUGAGACUAAGAAUUGCAAGGGAUGCAGCUCGUGGUUUAAACUAUCUUCAUGAAGAAAUGGAUUUUCAGAUUAUCUUUAGGGACUUCAAAUCCUCAAAUAUACUGUUGGAUGACCAGUGGAAUGCAAAAUUGUCAGAUUUUGGGCUUGCGAGGUUGGGCCCUUCAGAAGGAUUGACCCAUGUUUCAACUGCGAUUGUAGGAACACUAGGAUAUGCUGCUCCUGAGUACAUCCAAACAGGACGCCUGACAAGCAAGAAUGAUGUGUGGAGUUAUGGGGUUUUCCUAUAUGAACUAAUCACCGGGAGGCGUCCUAUAGACAAAAACCGCCCGAAGAGUGAACAGAGACUUUUAGAUUGGGUGAGGCCAUACCUUUCAGACUUGAAAAAGUUUGAGCUGAUUGUGGACCCAAGGCUUGGUAAAAAUUUCUCUCUCAAAUCCGUACAUAAGCUUUCAUUAGUUGCAAAUAAAUGCCUUGCUCGACAACCAAAAUCACGUCCUAAGAUGAGUGAUGUCCUAGACGUGGUUAAUUCUAUUGUUGGGUCAUCAGCUGAGCUAGCAGUACCACUACCGCUCGUAAAUUCAGCCACUACAGAAGCCUCCAAAGAUGAACAUGCAAAAAGAAUUGCUGGCUCAAAAUAUAGCGAUGAUAAACUGUUUGGCCGUAUGUGGAGAUACAUCCGUCGGAAGAUACAUAGAUAGCGGCGGUCUUCACCACGUCUGUAUUCUAAUGUAAGUUUAUAUGUCUUCUGCAAAUACUAAGUCAGUAAUGUUGUAUGAGUUCACACAUCGUUAGCAAUGAGCACAGAUGGUUUAAGCGGUUCCUUCCGAGUCACGAGCAAGAAAUAUCAUUUUGAGACCAUCAAUUGUACAUUUAUUACAUGUCAUCAUCAUCAUCAACCCACUCUCCUGCUCGAAAAUAGGGUCUGGGUGAGGGAAGAUGACAUACAAUUCAUACCCGUACUCCCUUUAAAGGGCGAACAUUUGUUACAUGUGAUAGUAGUUAUUUGUUUGUAAUGUAUUGGGUUGGCGGAGUAAAUAAAGAUUAUUUGCCUAGUGUA